GAUUGGCCAUUACCAUAAAGCGGCCUUUUACUCCUUGCAACACUCGAUUUCAGGGAGAACUUGCGAGUGUAAGAGCGUUGAACGAGCCUACACCAUGGCAACCGAGUCGAAACCGCCAUUCCCUCCCUUCACGCGAGAGACAGCGCAGCACAAAGUCAAAACAGCCCAGGCCGCCUGGAACUCCAAAGAUCUUGAGCUCGUGCAGUACGCCUACACGCCAGACUCGAUCUGGCGGAACCGCGACACGUUCCUGCAGGGGCGCGAGCAGAUCGUCGAGUUCCUGCGCAAGAAGUGGGCUAAGGAGCAGGGCUACCGCCUGCGGAAGGAGCUGUUUGCGUUUACGGACGACAAGAUCGCGGUCCAGUUCUGGUACGAGUGGCAUGACGAGACGGGCCAGUGGUGGCGGACGUACGGGUUGGAGGACUGGACGUUCGCGAAGAACGGGCUGAUGAGGAAGAGGCAAAUGAGCGGGAACGAUGUGAAGAUCACGGAGGAGGAGCGCUGGUUCAAGGAGGGCGUGGAUGUGGAUGCGGUUGAAAUUAGUGAGCGGCACUGGUGACGUUGAUGAGC